AUGGGUCUCAAAUUAAACGUAGAUCCAUUUAUAAAUCAAUAAAACACUAUUGUUUUCAACAAAACAAGCUAAACAUAUCAAAACCAGGAGUCCUCUAGAGAUCUACCAAAGUUAGUUAGCCCAAAACCUCAAAGACCGAUUCCUUAAUGCUUUGGUCAGUUAUAGAGAUCUAUAAGUAAUAACAGUCUCAGCUAACUGCAAAGAAACCUAACAAUGGAGUAUCCAAGCUUCACUACAACUAACAGUAAUUCUUUUCUCUCUUUCAGCAGAUAAUCAUCUUACGGAUUUCAAACCCGAACACAAGAUUAUGAAAGAUAACAUACUAAUGAUGAAUUAGAAUCUCGAAGUGGAGUGUUUGAUAUGCCAUUAAGACCUAUCGCGCUAUCUAACUAACAUUAGUCAUCAUAAUAGAGUUCCUAAGUAACAAUCUCUUCGAAUGUUAGCGCAUUUACUAAGAACUUAAAUUCCUUAGUUAAAUAAACUGCUGAAAAAUAAUAACUCUAAUAAUAUAACUAACAGCCUCAAGUUAAAUCACAAAUCAUUUAAAAUAAAACCUCGAUCAAUAACAAAAAUAUAAAUGGCUCUGUAAUCUCCUCUAGCAGCUCUUUUAAAACUCUUCCUGAGUGUUUAUCUCAAUUAUUGAUAUAAGCCACUAAUCAAAUAAAAAAUUAAAAAGAAAAAGAUGCAGAAGGAAAGAUACUUGGCAAGAGAUAUAGAUCAAAGGCAGACUAUGAUCAAUAUUCAUUUAACAAUAAUGGAGAAUUAUCUUAUGAUAAUGAAGUAUCAAACACAAAUAAUUAAUCGAAUUCUGCAAAUAAUAAUUAUAAUAACAAUUAAAAUUUUGAUAAUUAAGUUUUGAACAAUCUAGACAAGCCAUAAAAAAGAAGACAUAUAUCAUCUCUGAGCAAAGCUAUUCUUGCAAAAAAAAUUUUGAAUAAAAUUGAGACUGAAAAUGAUCCAAACGCAAAUGUCAUUCCAAAGAAUCAAGAUUAGAUAAUGAAAGAAGAUGUUUAAGAUAACUCUACAGAUAUUAAUUAAGUAGAAGAGAAGGAUAAUGCCUCGAAGAUGCCUGAAUCAUUAAGUAUUGUACCAGAUUCCUCUGCUAAGGCUUGCAACUGUAAAAGAUCAAAAUGCUUAAAAUUAUAUUGCGAGUGCUUUGCAAAUAAUAAAUUCUGUGGAGCUAAUUGUUCUUGUAAUGGCUGUAGUAAUCAUGCAGAACAUGAUGAAGAGCGUUUACAAGCAAAGGAGCAAAUACUGAUGAGAAAUCCAUUAGCAUUUAGGCCUAAGAUAGAGACAUCUUUGGAUGAAAAUUCGUUAUUUAAUAAAGACAUUAAAAUUGAUAAGAUAAAUAUUCAAGAGUAAAGUGACGUCCUUCUAAGUGUUUCUACAAAGCCAAUUACAUUUGGCAUCCUUGCUGUUAGCGAUAAGGAGAAGAGGCAUUUCAAAGGGUGUAAUUGUAAGAAAUCUUUCUGCUAAAAGAAAUACUGCGAAUGUUUCUAGUCUGGUGUGAAUUGUACUGAUCUCUGUAAGUGUGAUGAGUGUAAAAAUAAUGAGACUUGCAAGCCUUGCACUUACGAAAUGAUGUUUAAAGUCUAAAAAGAGGUCAUAAAGCCGGAAGUAUAAAUAUUAUAAACUCGAUAAUACGAAAAAGUAAUAGAAUAUAAUGUCAAGAGUAUAGAAGGAGAUCCAUUUCAAGAUAUCUCUUAAAAUGUUUUCUCGAUCUAAAAAAAUAACCAUAACACGACUCCUAAAAAGGAAGCAGGUGUAAAAAAUGAAAAAUAAAGCAACAAAAAACUCAUUAAUGAGUAAGAUGAUUUUAAAUAGAGGGCGAAAGGUUAAAAAUCAAAAGCAAGUAGUUAUAAUCAAGAAAAUAAUCCACCUUAUGCUACUGAGAGUCGAGAAUAUACUAUCAAUCAUAAUUCAAGAUAUUGA